CUCUACUUCUUGCAUCCCAUCACUCACCCAACGCAUUCAACAAAUAACCUUCCUUCUUUCUUAUCAUUUGCAGCUCUAAAUCACAGCCAUGGGUGCUAUCACUUACGAUGUUGAGAUUUCUUCCUCAAUCCCAGCCGCCAAGAUGUUUAAGGCCGUUGUCCUCGACGCAGACACCCUUAUUCCUAAGAUCAUGCCCCAGGCUAUUAAAAAUGUCGAAAUCUUGGAAGGAGAUGGUGGUGUGGGAACCAUCAAGACCAUCCAUUUUGGUGAGGGCAGCCAGUAUAAGAGCGCUAAGCACCGUGUUGAUGCUAUUGACACGGAGAAUUUGACCCACAGCUAUACCAUUGUCGAAGGUGAUGCUCUGGCGGGCGAUCUUGAAUCCAUCACAUAUCAUGUGAAGAUUGUGGCGACAGAAGAUGGAGGAUGCAUCUGCAAGAACAGGAGCAUUUACCACACCAAGGGCGACGUUGAGAUUAAUGAAGAGAAAAUCAAGGAAGGAAAGGAGAAGGCAAUGCAGAUGUUCAAGGCCAUUGAAGCUUACCUUCAAGCCAAUGCCUAAGAGCUAAAUAUACAGCCUGAUGAGGCACUAGCUGUCUCCCUUAUUUUUAAGAUGCUAUGGCACUGUGUGAUUUUUGUUCUUUUGAGCUACGUUUUUCGGGUUUUCAAGCAUCAUCAAGUUAAAGUUGUAAUUUGUUACUUAAGCAUUUCGAUAAAAGAUAUUUUUUUUUUGAAUUGCUAAUUAAA